AUGCCGCGUGUGGCUCACGCAGCCGACCGAGGUCAAGCGCCUGUGGUGGCAGUGCAUCAUCCCCUGACGUCAACUGCUACCGAACACGAGCCCUUGCUUGCCAUACCUACAGCACCAAAGGAAGCGCCUCUUCCGCAACCGUCAGCGCACGUACGCCAAGCCUUUGAGCAGGUUGCCCUGCCUACAUGGGUGGCCGCGUCGGACAUCCGAAACGACUCACACGCUGUGAAUGCAUGGCUCCACGCACAGGACAGCACAUGCCAGGCAAUGCUCCAAGCUCUGUCACAGGCCAUUCUGCACUUGCUACACGAACCGAACGGCAAUGUUGAAUUGACGCUGCAUGAAGCAAUGCACGACGAACUUGAUUCCUUCCAGCAUACAGACCAUUCACAUCCCCAGUUAGCAUCCACACCCUCUUCCCCACACAAGGUGCCGUCGUCAGCCAGCACAGCUGUGCUUGAAUGGGUGGUUGCCAUCGCUCAUGCGUGUGUAUCAACAGCAUCAUCCACGUGCGAAUCACCAACGAAAAAUGGCCUAGAGCAUGGAUCACCAUCCUCUUCGGCAUCGGCAUCGACAUCGGCAUCGACAUCGACACUGCCAUCUGUGUCGUCCAAUUCAACUCAGCACAACACGAGUGAACCUACCUCUCCCGGACGGACUCCCGAUCCGUUGGCCCUGGCCAGGGUCGUCGAGCUAGAGCCCAUGACACCUCGUGCUACACGUCCUCCGCCAUUCGUUCCUCGCCAACAACUUGUACCUAUGCAACACUGGCAACAUGAUGAUUCCUUGUAUGUGGACCACUAUGGAUUUUUGUAUGGCAUAUCAGUGCCGGAAUACUGGCGCCUUGUGUGUGGUGCAAACCCGUCGCUGCCACUGGACAUCGUAGAGCAAGGCACUUCUGAAGGAGCAAACCUAGCGCCACCCCCAACGCCAAACACGACGUCCGGAUCAGCCUGCGUCUCUGCAGCGGCUCCUCCUCCCGACACGGACCAAGCCUCCUCCUCUUCCGCUCCUUCCACCAAGGCACCAAUCAGCAUGCAUUCCUCUCCUGCGCAGCGCACGGCCGAUGCUUCUUUCGUUGCUUCUUUCCCAGCUCUGAGCGUGCUACCUGUUGCACCGCCCUCUAUCGAGACGUCCGUUGUAUCAGCAUUAUCUGCUUUCGAUGAACACAAAGUCUCCUCGGCAUCACAUGCAUCCUUCACAGUGCCGCGCCUUGUCCGACAUGUGCAUGAUGCAUAUGAAAAACAGGAGCGUAUCCGAAAAGCAGAAUGGGAUGCUUUUUUUCUCGAUAAAAUGGAUGAAUUGGAUCCACAUGAGUCUGAUACCGUAUGGAGCCGCAUCUUUGCCUCCAUGCGCACCAGCACCAGCACCAGCACCACCAGCAGUAGCGAAACACGUCGGUUCCAUGCUCUAUGUGAGCGAGGCAUACCCAUGCACUACCGUCCAGCCGUAUGGUCUCAGUUCGUUCAGGCCCACAUGUGCGCAGAGCCGGGCAUCUACCAACACUUGUAUGAAUCGUCGACGUACGAGCGACAAAUUGCCCUGGAUGUGCGUCGGACGAUGCCGGCCAACUUGUACUUUGGUGGAUGUGGUCCAGGCGUCCCGAAACUUCAUCGCUUGCUUUCUGCCUAUGCUCGAUACGAUGCUGGUUCUGGCUACUGCCAGGGCAUGAACAAUCUCGCUGCAGUUCUUUUGCUCACAUACACAAACGAAGAAGACGCCUUCUGGGCAUUGGUCGGUCUUAUCCACACCAUAUUGCCACCCGCUUACUAUGCGUCUGACAUGCUUGUGCCACAGGCUGAUCAACAAGUCCUCGUUCACCUGGUCCAAUCUGGUCUCCCGAAACUCGCCUCGCACAUGAAAAAGUUGGGUGUGGAGCUGCCCGCCGUUACGUAUGCAUGGUUCUUAUCUCUUUUUACAGCAUGCUUGCCUAUCGAAACUCUCUUUCGUGUUUGGGAUGUCCUAUUUCUUGACGGGAGCUCCACGCUUUUCCGUAUCGCCUAUGCCAUACUCGCACUCAAAUCAAAAUCUCUCCUUGAUACCCCCACGGCAGCUUCGUUCUACCAGCAUCUUCAUUUGGCUGCAUCACACCUGUAUGAUGCUGACGAACUUUUGCUCAUUUGUAUCAACCUGCGUGACAAGAUUCGUGCAAAUGACAUUGCUGCUCGUCGUGCCAAAGAAUUGCGCAAACUUGUCGCAGCCCGUUCAUGA